AAAGAGAGCUGAAUCGGGGACGGGCAAUUCAGAAAUAUUUCCUCCCUAUAAUUAACAGCUGUAUCUCUGUGUAGCCUAUCAGAUUCCAAGACGCAUCCGCAUCUAAAUGAAAAUAACGCGCGUGCUUUCGCUAAUCCUCAUCUGUCCUUUUUAUCUGCUGGACUCGUAGCAGUCAGAUCACUAUGGGACAUCGGAGCAGAGCGACGAUGACAUGCUGGUUAUUUUCCCCAUAAUUGCAAGUGGAUGGUUUUUCAUUAAAAACUACGUUCGGUUGCGUUUUGUUGACACGAGUAGCGAAAUGUCUCUUACUGUCUUUUUGAGUCUUCUACUGGCAUCUGGUGGCUUUCCACUUGUUCGGAGCACCUGUCCUUCCCAGUGCAGCUGCUUUUAUCAUAACCUGAGUGAUGGAUCAAGAGCCAGGAGCGUGAUUUGCAAUGAUCCCGAGAUUUCCCUGGUGCCCGCCACGUUCCCAGACGACACCUCGAAACUUCGGAUUGAAAAGACUUCCAUCAAGAGGAUCCCUAGCGAGGCUUUUAGCUACCUCUCAAACUUAGAAUUCCUUUGGAUGUCUUUUAACGUUUUGUCCUCUCUCAGCUCGGACAGUUUUCGGGGUUUGUACAGUUUAGAGGAACUAAGGCUCGAUGGAAAUUCGCUCACUUGGUUUCCGUGGGAAUCCCUCAUGGACAUGCCCAGUCUGAGGCUACUCGAUAUACACAACAACCAGCUGUCCUCAGUACCAUCUGAGGCUGCUCCCUACAUAAAAAAUUUAACCUACCUGGAUUUAUCCAGCAAUAAUCUGCUGACAGUGCCAUCUGAUGUCCUCAAUAUGUGGUUGACAGUCAAACCCACCCAGGGAGCAGAAAGUUCAAAAAUGAUUCUUGGUCUUCAUGACAACCCUUGGUUGUGCGAUUGUCGAUUAUAUGACCUGGUCGAGUUCCAGAAGUCUCCCAGUCUGUCGGUGGCUUUCAUUGAUACGAGACUGAGGUGCGCAGAUCCAGAGAGCCUCUCUGGAGUUCUGUUUACCGAUGCUGAGCUCAGGCGAUGCCAGGGGCCUCGUGUCCACACGGCCGUAGCCCGGGUGAGAAGCGCAGUGGGGAACAAUGUGUUGUUGCGAUGUGGAACCAUUGGAGUUCCCAUCCCCGAGCUGGCCUGGAGAAGGGCAGAUGGGAAGCAACUGAAUGGGACAGCUCAACUGGAGAAUUCAAAGGAGGGAAUCGUUUGGUCUAUUUUAAGCGUGCAAGCAGUGUCCUAUCGUGACACAGGAAAAUACAUCUGCAAAGCAACAAAUUAUGCAGGGAGUGCAGAAGCCGUAAUUUCUUUGAUCAUAAGUGACGCACCCAAACAUGAGAACCUGACAGUGGAUCCAAAAACCAAAGUGAAGUCCAAAAAGCCGAACCCAAUAGUCAAGGCAGCCUAUCAAGAAAAACACAUUGCCACGUAUGUUUCCCCAACUCCCAAAAAUGCACUACCACUCGGUGCCACCGUGAGCUACACAGGCCCAUAUCCAGGUAUGGAAAGCGACAAUGCCGCUAACAGUCGGAUGAAUACCCAAACAGCCAGUCCCGACGGGUUCCUAGAGACCAAUCUGAGCAACCUGGCUGCGAACACAUCUUCGCUGCAGCAAGAUCCAGACAGGGUUGUGCGCUCUGUGAAAGUGAUUGGCGAUACGGACUACACUGUGUGUCUGAACUGGAGGGCACCAACUGCCAAGAACACGACUGCUUUCAGUGUACUCUACGCUGUGUUUGGCGAGAGGGAUAUGCGCAGAAUUAACGUCAAUCCAGGCAACAACCGGAUCGUCAUUGAGGGACUGGUUCCAAAAACCAAAUACAUCGCCUGCGUGUGCGUCAAGGGGCUGAUCCCCAAAAAGGAGCAGUGUGUAAUCUUCUCAACAGAUGCUGCAGCAAGCGCUAAUGGAACCCAAAAGCUUAUUAAUGUUGUAGUAAUCACAGUUGCUUGUGUGAUAGCCGUACCUCUGACUGUGAUCGUGUGCUGCGGGGCACUUAAAAGGAAAAUUAAGAAGUUUCUGGGCAAAAAGCCCAAAGACAUUCAGGACUCGUAUGUAACGUUUGAGACUCUGUCUCCCAGCACCAAGGCCAAAGGCUUGGAAGGGGAAUAUCUCAACAGACUGAAUGCAGAGGAAUCCAACAGACUUCUGUCGGCCCGGUCCAGCCUAGACUCUGAGUCCACGGCUAAGAUUGAGGGACAGCCCAACGAAUACUUCUGCUGACAAUAUCCCUCAGCCACAAUUCCACCACGCAGCCAUCACAGUAUCCAGGCCCAGCCGCAGUACCUGAGUGCACAUAAUCUGUACCAGCAGUACAUGACUGGCCAUCCAUGAAGAAACUUCAGGAUACUUAGCAUAAGUAACAAAGUUCAGAGAUUAAGACUUUUCUCUUUGUUACUGUGCUUUUGGACUUGGUUCUAAACUAAGCCUUUGGCUGGUGGUGGGGUUGUGGCUGAGCAAUCCCAGGAAGAUGUAUAUAUGGACUUUUACCCAUUCAGACAGUGCUAGGAGGAACUGUUUCUAAGGGAAAUAUUCAUAUUGUUUAUGAAUAAAUAUUUUAUUGUUUAUUUGUAUAUGUAGAAAAAUAUAUAAUAAUAUGUAACAAUGAUAUUAUUAUGUAAAGAACUGGGGAUUAAUUUCCACAGUUUUUCCAUAUUACACAUUAUCAGUUGGGAUUUUCAUAAACUGGAGAAAAAAACAAACAACAAGGUGUAGAAACAGUUGUCACUUAGAAAUUGUAAGUACGUUUCUGAAGCAGCAAGUAACACAUAGAAUUAAACAUUACAUUUUGGGAUAGAAAGACAAAAAUAAAAUGUUCUCAUAUCAUAUAAUCAAAUUUUUUUUUUACAGUGUAUGCACCUACAUUGUCAUCAUUGUGUAUGUGACAUUAUUUCUGUUUACCAUGUGAAAUUUGUGCCACCUGAACCAUUCAGAACUUUUUGUGUCCCAGGUUGCUUAGUACCUAUUUACCCAUUAACAUUUUGUAUAUAUAUUUCAAUAAAGUGUUACAUUUAUUAUCUUUUAUUAACAACAAUAGUAGGUCAGAUCUAAGUUCCAACCAGUCUCUCACGGGGUAUGUCAAGGAUUACUGAUAAUAGGCUUUGCUCAACUCUACCUGCAGUCAACUCUACCUGCAGUCAUGUCAAGAGCAGACACGGAGCAGAUGUAAUGUUAAAGGAGACUAUGGAUGCAUCAAUUAUAUUUCGUUUGAUUGUUUUCUUUCUUUUAUUAAAUCCUAUCAGCUCAGAGUGUUUUCCAGGAUGCUCCUGUGGGACUGACCGUUAUGGGAGGUUAGUUGCAGCUCCUUUCAGAGCACACAGUAUUAACAGACGUCAGCAGUGGGAUUGAGCAAAGAUGCUUGUUGUUGUGUUGAGAACAAGGCUAGCUAUAGUAUAUAUGUGUGAGUUAUAGUCUGUAAAUAUGAAUAUAUGUAUGAUUAGAGGAACUUUUUUGCCCCUUUUGUUAAAGAAAGGAAUAAAUAAUGGUUUAUAAAUAUAUAUGCUUUAUAUUAUAUUUAUUUAUUUAGAAUUAUUGUGUCUGAUAGUACUGCCAUUACUGUCAUGCCCAUCAUAGGGAAUACCUCUGCUAGACAGCUUGAAAUGAGAAAUAUGUUUUGUUUUAUUUUUAAUAAAUCCAAAGUUACGGGUUA